AUGGGUAUAUUCAUUCCUCAUUCCAAGCUCGAGAAUCUGAAAGCUUACAAAACAUCCUACUUUGUCAAUUACAGGUAUCAAAGUGAGGACCGCUCGCUGGUGACAAAAUAUGUUUUGAAACCGUUUUGGACUCAGUUUGCCAAAAUCUUUCCAUUAUGGAUGGCACCAAAUCUGAUCACAUUAUCAGGUUUGGGCUUCAUUAUUGUCAAUGUUCUAACGGUUCUCUACUAUGACCCCACUUUUUCCGGAAACUCACCCAAGUGGGCGUAUUUCACAUAUGCACUCGGUCUUUUCCUGUACCAGACAUUUGACGCCUGUGAUGGCCAGCAUGCACGGAGGACGGGUCAAAGUGGUCCAUUGGGCGAACUUUUCGACCACUGCAUCGACUCUCUGAACACUACGCUAUCGAUGAUGGUAUUCUGCUCUACUGUAGGCACUGGAUUGACUUUUAUGAUGAUCCUUUCGCAAUUUGCAUUGCUGUGUAACUUUUACCUCAGCACCUGGGAGGAAUAUCAUACGCACCUGCUAUUCCUGAGCGAGUUUUCAGGCCCAGUGGAAGGAAUUUUGAUGAUUGUAUUGUCUUUCAUUCUCACAGGAAUUCUUGGCCCCCAAGCCCUGUGGCAUCAAUUGAUCUGCAAGAUCCAGGUCGGUGGUUUCACGUUCGAAGUGGAAAGCGUGCAUGUACUCUUUGCCGUUUGUGGCGUUGGUCUGCUUUUCAACAUCUUUUCCUCGAGAAGAAACGUCGUGGAUCAUUAUAAGAAAGAGAGUGCUACGGCCAAGGAAGCACAGGCAAAAAUUACCUGGGCGACUGUUGGAUUGGUGCCAUUUUUUGGGUAUUUUGCGAGUGUUUUUUUGCUGAUAGCCGUCGAUCCAGAGACUAUAUCGCUACCGUUUAUCCUCUCCAUUGGACUUACCCUUGCCUUCACCGUGGGAAGAAUUAUUGUAUGCCAUUUGACCAAGCAAGAAUUCCCCAUGAUUAAUCCCCCCAUGGUGAUCCCUCUUCUGCAGUUCGUGAUCAAGCUUUUGCUGGUACGCGUUCUAAAAUACGAAAGGUCGAUUGUUUUGCCUGCUGUGAAUUGGUUUGGGUUUGGCCUAACCGUGGGUAUCCACGCGAUGUUCAUAACUGAAGUCAUUUACGAAUUCACCUCUUUUCUCGACAUUUACGCACUAUCGAUUAAACAUCCCAAGAAAUCGGCGUAA